AUGUCGACGCCGUCGGAGUCAGAGGUCCCCUCCUCUCCUCCCCCUUUGGUGAACCUUCUCAUUUUGAUCACCGGAAGCGUGGCCGCGGUGAAGACGGGGCUUUUGCUGGACGCCCUCUCGAAGGAGCGCUGCACCAUCCGCAUCGCGGCGACGACCCCUGCCUUUCAUUUCCUCCACCGCGCCCAGCCCUCGCAGACGGGGAUCCCCUUCCAGAGCAUCCUCACCGACGCCCAGGAGUGGGCGGGAUGGCAGCGGGUGAACGACGCCGUCAUCCACAUCGAGCUCCGGCGGUGGGCCGACCUUGUGGUGUUGGCCCCGCUCGACGCAAACACGCUGGGGAAGCUCGCGUGUGGGCUCUGCGAUAACCUCGUCAGCUGUGUGAUGCGGGCGUGGGAGGUGGGGCGGAAGCCGGUCAUCCUCUGCCCCGCGAUGAAUAGCGCGAUGUGGGCCCACCCCAUCACCGCGCAGCAUUUGGAGACGCUGCGAUGGUGGUACGGCGUCGAGAGCGCCGAAGAUGCGGUUUCGGCGGAACACCCCUUCCCGACGACUCUCGAGGGGGCCAUGUUUCAGCUCAUGAAUCCCGUUUCGAAGCGACUGGCCUGCGGGGAUAUCGGCAUCGGCGGCAUGGCAUCGCCAGAGGAUAUCGCGGCGGUCAUAUCACAUACUAUGGCACUAAUACGAGAAAGAAAACUGAACGAGACAGCGGAAUCGUCGCUGAGGGAAUGA